AUGGUGGUGCAUAUCCUCGGUAAGGCAUUCAAGGGCAAAGAGGUUGUGCGGAUUGGUCUCUCCUCGAAGUUCUACGGGAUCGGCCUCCCCACUGCAGAAACCGUCUGUUCGAAGCUUGGGUUCUACCCGUGGAUGCGAAUGCACCAACUAUCGGAACCACAGAUCCUCAGUAUUGCGAGUGAGCUGUCACACAUGACCAUCGAGGAUGAUGCAAGGGCAGUCGUGCGCGCGAAUAUUGCAGUUAAGAAACGGAUCGGGUCGUACGAGGGGCUGCGGCACGCUUUGCACUUGCCCGUUAGGGGCCAGAAGACGAAGAAUAACGCCAAGACGGCUAGGAAACUUAAUAAGCUGGAUAGGAAGGGGUGA